AUGGAUGGGCUAUACGGCGCAAUAUUUAUUCGGCCUGCAGCAAACCGUGAAUCGCCUUUCUCAAUGAUCUCAAGUGAUCCAGCUGAAAUCGAGGCAAUGAAAACAGCGGCAUCGAACCCGCAACUGGUCGUGCUUUCUGAUUGGGAUCAUUUGACCUCCGACGCUUAUAUGCAGGCCAUGAGAGAAUCAGGAUAUGAUAUCUUCUGCUCUGACAGUGUCCUCAUCAAUGGUAGUGGGUCUGUCUACUGCAAGGCUCCGGAGGAGUUGACGGCGCUACAGCCACCGCAGAUUAGACAAGUGGUCAAUGAAAGUUUGACUGAUAAAGGAUGCAAUCCAUUCCUGGUCACUCUACAGGGAGACUGGAAACACAAUUCUGCAGCACUUCCUGAAGGUCUCAACUCUGGAUGCGUCCCGAGUCAAGGUGAUACAACAGUAUUCCAAGUUGAUCGUGACGCAGAAUGGGCAAGUUUCAACUUCAUCAGUGCGGCGGGUAUCAAGGCACUGGCUGUAUCUAUUGAUGAACACCCUCUCUACAUAUACGAGGUCGACGGUCGUUAUAUUGAGCCUCAAUUGGCCCAUGAGUUCCCGAUAUACAACGGGGAGCGGUACUCGGCCAUGGUCAUUUCCGGCUUCGCAACCUUGUCCUAUCUUGGAAGCGAGCAGAGCUCUUACCAGUCAGUUCCGUAUUUUGACUAUGGAGGUAUCAACACGACUGAGUCUGUGAUUGUUCUUAACACGACACAUCUGCCACCGUAUCCCCCAAUACUGCCUGCUGAAUCUAUGAAACCGGCUCUUUAUGAUCCGAGUUCUCCUGAUCUGGCACCGACACUCAAGAUCACCACAAAAAAUGACACCUGGAUCGAUAUUGUCUUCCAGCUGGAGAUACCACCACCAACCUUGCUUCAGCCUCCCCACCCAAUCCAUGAACAUUCCAACAAGGCAUUUUUGACUGGAGCAGAUCACGGCAAGUUUGUGUGGAGCUCCAUUGAAGCUACUUCGAAGGAAUCGCCUGAGAGCUUUUUGCAGACACCCCUUUAUCGAGACACUUAUUUCAUGUCACCUAGUGGCGGGGCAUGGAUUGCGAUCCGUUAUCAUGUUGAGAACCCAGGAGCGUUUCUCUUACACAGUCAUAUGGAGACACACCUUUCAUCAGGCAUGGAUAUGGCGAUCUUAGAUGGGAUUGACGCUUGGCCAGCAGCCAUUUGA